AUGCUGCCCGAGCCGUCUUUCACGCUAACAAUCCCCAGCAUCCACGAUGGCACGGCGCUGGACUGUCGAGUCUAUCAUCCGGCCUCGUUGGCAGUAGGUGCGCGCAGCCCACAGCACGCGGCGGCGCCUUGGAAACGACAUGCGGCGGUUUUUGCGCAUCCGUAUGCUCCAAUGGGCGGCAGCUUUGAUGAUGGGAUGGUGGACAUUGUGGCAUCACAGCUGCUUCGCAAGGGAUAUUUGCUGGGGACGUUCAAUUUCAGAGGCGCUGGGCGAUCGGCUGGAAGGACAUCGUGGACGGCAAAGCCGGAGCGCGACGACUACAUCAGCUUCGUCGGCUUCAUCGCGCACUACGUUCAUCGUCUCGUGUCGUCUGGCAUAGCGGAGCAGCAGCCGGCAUCGCCUAGCCACCGUCCUGUCUUGCUGAUGGCAGGCUACUCGUAUGGAGCCAUGAUAACGACGCAAUUGCCGCCUCUCAACGAGCUUCUGGAACGAUUUGCCUCUCCAGACAGUGGAUCCAAUGCUGCUCAGAUACGACUGCGGGCUGAAAGUUGGGCUGAGAAGCAGAGGCAAGCUCUGCAGAAAGCUCGCGCUAGUCCAAAGGUACCGGCAAAUGGCAAGCUCUCGCCGGUAAACGGCUUCACCAUGCCCAAGCCAGCCUACCUGCUCGUGUCUCCACUGCAGGGCCUCGUUACGCAUCUUGCCACCAUGACCUUAGUGCCGUCGGUAUUCGCAAGGCGAAGUCCUCCUCCGGAGGACGAAGCUGAGACUAAGCUGGUGGUGAAUCCCACCCUGGCCGUCUUCGGAGAUGGUGACAUCUUUGUCCCCGUGGGUAAGCUGCGGACUUGGGUGGCACGGCUGAGUUCGCAGCAGGUAUCACAGUUCCGUGGACACGAAAUUGAGUCGGCUGGUCAUUUUUGGGCUGAGGAGGGAGUGUUGCAUUCAAUGCUAGAUUUGGUUUGUGAUUUUGCGGGCAAGCUGUACGACAGCAAUUAG